ACUGAACCAACAACUACAACUGAACCAACAACUACAUCCACAACUCUACCAACAACCACUACCACUACGUCUCCAUCUACAACCACCACAGCGAUACCUCCCACUGUCCGCCUGGUGAAUGGAUUCUCCGUCUCUUCUGGUCGCGUGGAGUUGAUUCAUAAUGACACUUGGGGCACAGUUUGUGAUGACGGUUGGGAUAACAAUGACGCCAAAGUGGUGUGCAGGAUGCUGGGAUACAGUGACGGUACUGCCAUCAGAUAUGCUGUAUUUGGAGAAGGGAGCGGUACGAUAUGGAUGUCUGACGUCAACUGUAUAGGAACCGAGUCGGACAUAAGAAAUUGUUACUUCAGCGGAUGGGGAGCUCCAUGUAACCAUAGCCAGGACGCAGGAGUCAUCUGUUUUGACAACACUGGUACAAGCGACUUUGACGUCCGUCUGGGGGAGUCUGACCGCGUUGAAGUCUACUACAAUGGUCAGUGGGGUUAUAUUGGCGGCUGGUCCUGGGACGACGAUGAUGCCAACGUAAUAUGUGUUAUGCUAAACCACAAUUCCGGGACGGCUCUUACAAUUGACCACUUCCACGGUAAAAACAACCGUAUACAGCCGACCUGGAUGGACAAUGUCCAGUGCGUGGGAACGGAGACCUCGAUUCUGAAUUGUCAGUUUGACGGAUGGGGCGUGAUUGUAUCAGGAUAUAACGAUACGUACCAGAAUUCGGCGGCAGUCACGUGCUCUGACGAACCUGAUCUUGAUUCUGGAGCUACAAGUCCGCAGUUAAGCCCUAUUUUGGCCAUACUAAUCCUCGGAUAUUUCGUUCUGUUUCUCUGUUGUCCUUCAGCAAUACUUGUGUGACGUUAUGACGAAGACUGGCGCUGUUUCCCGUCAAUAAGUAUUGAAGGAUCCUGGGAUCAAUGUUAAAAACUGUAACUUAGUCUAGGAAACUAUCUUUUCCGCCGUGAUUAUAGCUUUUAUAAACCAUUCAAGAAGCGAAACCAUACCUUUCGGGACCUUUAUGAGAAAUUGUAAACAGUUACGGUGAUUUGACUGUUAAUAUUCGUCGUGGGUAGACUGGGAUUCCAAAUCCGUGACUUCAGAUUGUUACACCGUCACCCUAACCGAUUGAGCUACCUAGUUAAGGACGUUAUCUGGCCGAACUGUGUUAAAGUUAUAUCCAAACGAACGUUAACAGGAGGUCACUGCAUCAAGGAACAAACAGACCAGUGGAACAUCCGGAAACUAAGUACUGCAGUAUUAAUGUGAUUAAGGAAGUCAAAUUUAAAAACUGUUAUAUAAGAAAGUGCUACUAUUUUAUAAAAUUCGUAAGCUGCAUUAUUCGAUAUGAAAGUGUUACCGGUAUAAAUGCAGUCCAACUUCGGUUUGUCGAAGAUAUUAGAUACGAAAACAUUU